AUGGCGGCUGGGACCUUGUACACAUACCCCGAAAACUGGAGGGCCUUUAAGGCCCUCAUCGCCGCUCAGUACAGCGGGGCUCAAGUCCGCGUGCUCUCCGCACCACCCCACUUCCAUUUCGGCCAAACCAACCGCACCCCUGAAUUUCUCCGCAAGUUUCCUGCCGGCAAGGUUCCAGCUUUUGAGGGUGACGAUGGAUUCUGUGUGUUUGAGAGCAAUGCCAUUGCCUAUUACGUGAGCAAUGAUGAGCUGCGGGGAAGUACCCCAGAGGCAGCAGCCCAGGUGGUGCAGUGGGUGAGCUUUGCCAACAGCGACAUCGUUCCCCCAGCCAGCACUUGGGUGUUUCCCACCUUGGGCAUCAUGCACCACAACAAGCAGGCUACAGAGAAUGCUAAGGAGGAGGUGAGGCGAAUUNNNNCGCUGGUUCGAGAGUACUUCUCCUGGGAGGGGGCCUUCCAGCACGUGGGCAAGGCCGUCAAAGAGGGCAAGAUCUUCAAGUGA